AUAGGGUUAGACGUUAGGAGUUGAUUUUUGGAUUAUCCGACCGCAACCUUCGACUGCAGCCAUGCUCUGAGGUGAUAUCAAUGAGGCUUCAUGUUUAUAGCUGAUAAAACUUCUGCUACAGUAGAGAGACAGAUGAACCAUGACACUUAUCGACAGCCAAAACAAUGCAGUUCCCUUCCGUUUAAAGGAAAAUACAGUAACGACUGACCGUAAGUUAAAUGAAUUUGUAGUAAAACAUUCUUGUAGCGUUAGCAACUUCAAUGUAGCAUUACACUCAGAAGGUGGAUUUCCUGCCAUUAAAGAUGUUGACAUGUAGACUGCAUUUAUGAUUUUCGCUGGUCAUAUUUAACUGAUGAUUUUACAGAUAGGUGAUUCAGAAUAGACAAGUCGCCUUUGGACUGAUCUGACAGCCCUUUGACAUGAUGACCUACUUUGGAGCAAGAGCAAUCCUUCUCAACCUGAGGUACAGUUUCCAUAAAGCAGGCUGCUUUACCAGAACCAGGCUCAUCCAUAGCUCCAGGACAUAUUUUGUAAAAAGAGGGCAGAUACUGUCGCAGAUACCCAAGGUGACGUUGCUAUGUUGGGGUGCAGUCAAUGCAUCACCCUGUGCAGCCAGAUGCCAGGAAGCCAUUCUUCCACAUCCAACCGCAGGCAAGAAAUCCCUCGCCAAAGUCGAAGUGCGCAAAUUCAUAUUUUUUCUUCGCAUUAGCCUUCGUGCAUUAGUCCUCCUCCUCAAAUUUGGCCCCCUACUCCUCCUCUCGCCCCUGACUCUGGUGUCCACUCGCUGGGCGUCUUGCUGGCUGGGGGCUCUUCUGUGGGUCACUGAAACAUCUGGUCCUACUUUCAUCAAGCUGGGGCAGUGGGCCAGCACCAGACGGGACAUCUUCCCUCAGGAGUUUUGUGAGCGCUUCUCCACGCUUCAUGUAAAGGUGCGCCCUCACUCCUGGAGCCACACCAAGCAGUGUCUCCGGAGGGCCUUUGGGGAGGGCUGGAGGAGAGUUUUAAUGUUUGACAGCAAAGAGCCGGUGGGUUCAGGGUGUGUGGCUCAGGUGUACAGAGGCUGGGCCAGGACAGACCAGGUGGAGGAUCCAGCCUUCCAGUUGUUGGUGGAGGAGAUGGAGAAAGAAGACCUGCUGGAGGCAUGGGAGGUCCCUGGGCUGGGAGGAGUCGCAAGGGCCCUGCGACAGCUCUGGAGAGGGGGCAAGGAGGAGGAGGGCUAUGAGGAGAAAGGUCGCUUUGAGGACAGCAGCACAGAGAAGGGCCAUCUGAUACCUGUGGCUAUCAAGGUGAUUCAUCCAGGCGUCAGGAGGCAGGUGGAAAUGGACAUCCUGCUGAUGAAAAUGGGCAGUUGGCUCCUGCACUGCCUGCCUGGACUCAAGUGGCUCAGUCUAUGUGAGAUAGUAGAGGAGUUUGAGCAGCUCAUGACUAAACAGAUUGAUCUCCGCUUUGAGGCCAAGAAUAUAGAGCGUUUCCAGGAAAAUUUCCGCAAUGUGGAUUAUGUCAAGUUCCCAACUACGUUACGACCAUUUGUUACCAGAUCUAUUUUAGUGGAGACUUUUGAGGAGAGUGAGCCCAUAUCCAACUACCUGAGACCUGACAUUCCUAAGGAGGUGAAGCAGAGAAUCGCCAGAAUGGGAAUAGAGACCAUGCUGAAGAUGGUUUUUGUUGACAACUUUGUCCACGGUGAUCUCCACCCGGGGAACAUUCUGGUCCACUGCUCCGGGCCUCUUCCUGGUUCCUCUGACGGGGCUGGGGUCUCAGGGGAGGCUCAGGGUAAGACCACCCUCACUGACCUGUGGGACACGGUGGUGGUCAGCAUCAGACCGGAGCCCUGUCCUCUGCAGCUGGUGCUGCUGGACGCCGGCAUCGUAGCCCACCUCAGCGAGCACGACCUGUCCAACCUCAAGGCUGUGUUCACUGCUGUGGUGCUGCAUCAGGGCGAGCGAGUGGCAGAGUUGCUCCUGAAUCACGCUCGGGCCAAUGAUUGCCAAGAUGUCCCGCAGUUUAAGAAGGAGAUGGCCCAGCUGGUGGACAAUGCUCUCAGCAAAAGCCUCUCCCUGGGAAAGUUCCAAGUGGGGGAAUUGCUGUCCAGAGUCUUUGGUGUACUCAUCAAGCACAAGGUGAAGCUGGAGAGUAACUUUGCCUCCGUUGUGUUUGCCAUCAUGGUGCUGGAGGGUCUCGGCAGGACACUGGAUCCAAACUUGGACAUACUGGAUAUUGUCAAACCUCUGCUGCUAAAAAACUAUACCUCAAGGCUCUGACACACACACAAGAGCUUAAGCACACUGGGCAUCUGUAACAACGCAACACACCUACACUCUAUAUAUUUUAUACAUAUAGUAGAUCUAGAGAGAGUGCAUGUGUGUGCUGUGUUCUCGAUAUAGUGGUGGUUGUAUUCAAGCUAACAAGAUGCCACUGUGGGGGCCAAAAACACAGUUUCUUCACUCCAUACCUCAUUUUUAAUUUGUUGUAUUCCCACUUUGAUCUCUGCUUCUCAUGCGUUUCAUCAUCUACUGUGUUUGUGCUAUCAUUUAAUUUAGAGGAAAAGAAUCUUCCAGGCGCCUCUAACUGAGCCUAAUGAAGGAGAGUGUGUUCUUUACACGAAGCAAUCUCGUGUUUAUUGAGUGCUAAUGGACUCGGACAUAGAUUGCAUCAGAGACCAUUUGUAGUGAUUUAAGAUAUAAGAGGAAAUACUGUGACUGUCCCUUGUUGCUCUCCAAUGCAUGUUUAACUUUUCAAUGACUGAUAUUGAUCUCAAGAUGUCUUUUAUUGCUCUGUAUUUUAUUGCAUCCGAGAUAAUGUUGUCUAAUGGGCCAUAUUUGCUCUUGUAUGAAUCACUAUACUGUUCCAUUGACGAAGUGAAGGCUAGACUAAGUGUGCACACAACUGAACCAUCUCUUCUAACUUUCCAUUAAAAUAGUGGGAACACUUUUAUGAAUUAUUCAUUUCAAUAAAAAAGGAAUCUGUUAAAUGAUGUUUGUUUUUGUUACCAAGUGAAGGUUUUCUCACCUUUUAGUGACUGGUGCUGCUUCAAAGCAGAACAUUCAUUACAUCAUGGGCACAGUAUCCAUUAAUUUACAAUUUUAUUAAAUCUGUCAAUGAAAAACACAGACGAGAGAUGCGUUUCUGUCAAUGUCAUCAGGAAGAACAGUCAGCAUGGCUGAAAGAGUGAAAUCAGGAGGUUUUUGGUGCAAAAAAAACUCAUCACAUACCCUUUAUUGCAAAACUGUUGACUUUUUCUUUUAUCACCAUCAAGAGCCCAGAUAGAGCAGCACUGUUCAAGUAAGGAGGGAGGGGAGAGGUGACAACUGUGUAAAAAAAAUCUUCAAUAAUAAUUAAUAAUAACAAUGACAAAAGAAAGUCAAAACAUCUCUAAAAGACAAACACAAUCACCUCAGUAUAAGACGAGAUUAUGUCACGGUCACAACAACCAGAGAAAAGUUGUUUUAUUUUUUUCCCUCUUUUUUUAAUGAAUUAAAUAGUUUUUAAAAAUAUCUCACCAUUUACUUAUACUCAUCUUUUUUCAUUUAUUGCGAAAAAUAGGCAACUGGACUAAUUGUGACGAUGUUCUCUUGUGUGUGUUUCUGUGUGUGUGUGUGUGUGUGUGUGUGUGUGUGUGUGUGUGUAACAGAGAAAUAGAGAUUAAGUGGAGAGAUAAAGUGGAACGUCUCGGAGCGUCGGCACUGAGAGUAGCAGCAGUGUGUGGCAAUGCAGUACUCUCAUCCAGCCACCAGGUGGCACAAUUCAGUAUGAACAUCCCUCCAGGGCCGGAGCGAUGGCCCACUGUGUC